UUUACAUUUAGAUCUUACCCUAACUAGUUUAUACAUAUAUGCGAUUGUUUAGAUUUUUAUUAACUGAGAUCAGAAUGGGUUUCUUCAACAUUAAGAAUUGGCUCGCCGAGAAGCCAGAAAAGAAGAUUUAUAAAAUUCAAAAAGUAAUAGACCAGCUAAACGAGGCGCUUGAUAUCAUUGCAAAAUCUGAGAAACGUUAUCUGGAUGACUCUGCCGCACAGCUUGAGCAAGCAAGCGAAUUUGGGGGAAGAUUCGCAUCGACCCAUAUGGAAAGAAAGGAGAUGUCCGAUGAAGCAGCUGACUACUAUGCGAGUAUGCGGCCGCCUUUUCUUGAAUACACGCUCGAAGAAGAAGAUUGUGUUCUCCUCUCUGGGGAACAGCUCCUCGAAGUUCCAUCUUCUUCUCCAAGCAUUUCGGAUUCUUCCUCUGAGAACGAAAUCCUCCAUCUGUGUUCGUCGAUCUCCAUUGGUGUUCGUCGAUUCUCCCUCAACAAUUUACAGAUUCGAGGUUUGUUCUCUAGGUUAGUGUUGUUGAUUAAGAAUGAUUGGAUUGUGGCUCUUGUGGUAGAUCAAGUUGAAAGGAUGUUCGAUUGGCUUCUAAAAAGACUUGGAAAGGGAAAAGACAAAGACAAGAUAAGGAAGUCAGCUGUUGAUAAAAUUGAAGAAACCAUAAAGGGUUUCGAGGAAGACGAGGACAAGUAUAAGGGAAAACUUGCUAAAGCCGAGACUGACAUAACCAAGGCCACUGCUAUCAAUGACACGACUGGUUCUGCGAGGGCUUUAGCUGAUAAACUGUUCUAUGAAGAGCAACUGGUGUCGGUUGCAGCAUACAUCCAUUGCCUGAAGAAACAGUUACGUUCCCUGGAAAGUUCAGAGAAUUCUCAACCUCUUCUAAAAGCCUUGAAGGUGUCAGCGAAAGCAAACAAAAGAUUACUUUGGGUCACUGGGAAGGUCGUCCAUGAUAUUAGAAGCACUAGAUUUUUUACACCUAUGGCUGAAAAUGCAUAUGCUUCUGCUAUCUUUUUGCAUCUCAAGAGAAUUAUAGGUUUGUUCUUGAGGUAAGACCACAUAAAAGCUUAAUUCUCCGGGUUUGACUUGAUGUUUUAAGGAAAUCUGGGUGGUUUUCUUAUUGUAUCCAUGAUUUUUCCUUUGAGUUUUGCUUAAUCGUGUUUGGAGUUCUUGAAUUGAAAUUCUGUAAGAAGCCAUUAGAUUAGGAACUGUAGUUAGAAGUUCCUGCUGGUUAUGACAAAUAACUUGGUGUGGGUUUU